AGAAAUCGGGGCCCGUCACUCGCGUUUACGCGGUGGUACUUCGGUGGUACUCUUUUCGGCCCGUCAAGGACACUUAUUAUUUGUCCCAUACGGGGUACGACUUUUCAAAUAGUGCAAUUAUUAUUAAAGUGUUAAAAAAAUCAAAAAAGUGUAUAGUUAACAUAAAUGUGUCAGCUAAAGGAAAUUAAUAUUCGGACAUCAUCGUCCUGACAGGAUGGUCAGGACGUUCGACAGGAAUCCAUUGUUGAAAGGAAGCAAAUCGAGCGUCGAACGAGACCGCCUUCGUGAGCGCGAAAGGCAGGUGCGAUUGGCCCAAAUGUCGGUGGUGGAACAGGAAGGGCCUUUGCCCCUAUUCAAGGAGCCCCGAAGGGUGUCGCCAUCUUCCAGCGAUCCUGUGACCAACGCAAUUCAUAGUACUUUAGGCGACUUUUCACGUGUGCGCCAGUAUUUGGACCAAAAAGACUCUUCGGUACUCAUUGGAGUGGACGGGGUACCACCUUCGCCCGGACCGGUACCGCCGCGCGCUUCGCCGCCCCUUCCCAAUGUCGGAUCUUCCAGAUUGCAAGCUUCACCGGAAUUCAAAAAACCUCAUCAGCAUUCGAUGCACCCGCCGCCGCCACUGGUAGCGGCGCAUCAGCGGGGCGGUUACGUCAAACCGGCUGAAAGUAAACCGCCGUAUGGAGGCAGGGGCGGGUACCCCGGACAGCCGGUGAAACGGGGCGGCCAGCACCGGGUAAACGGCGUUGUUCCAGCAAAAGGGCCACCCGUUACAAAUAGGCACAAUAAUUAUGACUUAGUGACUCAAAUGCCCCCCUCGGCUGGACCGAGGGAAACGUUGCCGUGUGCGACACCAGUAGCUCACGAAGUUGACAAUAUUCUAAAGGAAAUGAUCAUGCCAUCGACGCCACUGUCUGCCAUCGCUGCCACCCCUAGGAUAGAUACGGAUAACAAGUACCAAUACAAUCCCUUAGCCAAGAUGCCUGAACCAACUACUACUCCAGUGUCAACAAUAAGAAAAAGAGACCGACCGCUCAAUAAUAGCAGCAGGAUACCGUCAACGGAUCAUCUGCACAACGAGCUCGAUUUGUCCGAAGAAAGCGACGACGAAACACGAAGACAUCACAUCCUCUCCACAUCGAAUCUGACUGUCGAUAAAAUGCUCUCGCCAAUACAACAAACCCCUGCACCGCACCAGUCCGGGUUACACCACGACCGUUUGCCACCUUACGCACCUCCCGAUCCUCGCCCGCCCGAUCCCGCCCAACCUCGGGCGGCCUCGAGCUCGAGCGACUCGGGCAGCGACUCGAACGAGUCCGACAGCGAGUCGAGCAGCGACGAAUCAGUUGCCGCCCCCCCUAAACCCGCUGUAGUAGUUGAUGAGCGCCCAAUUGCCCCCCAACUACCCACCAACAUCACCCAAGAAGAAGACGAAUCAGGCAAAAUUGUGCGCUGGAAUUUGGGCAACUUCCUCAACACUCAAACGUCGCCAAAAAACCAAAUGGUGCAACGCGCUAGCCCGGAUUCACGCAAGCGCGCUUCUGAGUCUACUAGUGACUCAGAUGAGCCUAAUAGUGAUUUUGUGGCCGAGGCUCAGCAGUUGGCAGCCUUGGGCAAUCUCACGCUUUUGAGCAGUUUGAGCGACAGCGACGAACAACAGCAGAAAAAUAAGAGACCAAUAAUAAAGGAGAAAUCUAGCAUAAGGAAAAAACAAAAACGUAUCAGACAUCACCCAGUGAGCUCCGCCUCAGUAAUCAGCAGCGACAGCGACUCAUCAAACAGCGAAGCAGAAGAACCACCAGCCAAAAAGGCACCCAAACCAGUGGUACGACCGAGUCCGCGUACCAAGUCAAAUAGCAGUAGCAGCAGCGACUCGGAACCGCCCCGAGUGACGACGAUUUCCGAUUCGGACGAUUCGGAUCGGCCUCAGAAGACGCAAGUGGCGCCGCCGCCCAAGGCCAAAGGACGCGGCAGGCCUAGGAAACCGAGGCCGGACACUAGCGAGGCUGAUACGCCGAAGAAGCAACGCGGUAGGCCGCCGGCUAAUGCUGAAGGCAAAAAAACCGCUAGGAGGGGUAGACCACCAAAAGCCCGUCAAUCAGCCCCGGUAAGCAGCUCAGAUGACGAAACCUUCGAAAAACCAGUUGCACCCCCUCGCAGGCGGACAAAAUCCAAAAAAACCACCUGUUCCAGUGACUCAGAUAGCCCUUCGCCUAUAAGAAAACGAAGCUUUGUCUCACCUGUUAAAAAGAAGCCCACUGCCAAUAAGUCCCUGUUUCAACCAGAAAAGCCUAAAGCAAACACGUCACCUUUUAGACGGAAAGAAUUCAAAAGCAAAACUACAGUUUCUAGUAGCAGUGAGUCUAGUGACAGUGACAGGCACAAAAUUAGACGGACAGAAGUCCAUAGGAUAUCAGAUUCUGAUACUGACAACGAAAAGAAACCAGUUGCAGCUUCAGCUAAAGCAAUAUCAGACAAAAAGAAAAGUGACACUUUAAGAAAGCUUUUUACCCCGAAACGUGACUCAGAAGGCGGAAAAGGAGGUGGCAAAGGUGGCGGCAAAGGAGGCAAAGGUGGAAAAGGUAAAGCAGGUGUGAACGUGAUAAUAGUAGAUGGCGACUAUGAGCGUACCAGUUCCUCUGUAGAAGACGAGACGAUGCCUGUAAUGUUGGACCAGAAAAAGUUCUCGCCCAAACAGUCCUCAACAUCUAAGACUGAAGAAAGCUCUUAUGUUAAUCACAAAGUGGUUGAAAAGGAGGAAAGGGUACCACCCAUUCAUCCGGUGAUGGUGAGAAUAGAUCUAGCAAGGCUCAAUUUGAAUGAAAUUCCUAUUUUGAAGAAGCAUCUUGAAAGAACCAGGCACUGGAUCCUCGACUCCAAACCCCCAGACACGGACAAAUCCGACCUGGAAAAAGACGUUGCCGCACCUAAACCCGACCUCCCACCAAUCAAAGUCAAAAAGCGCAAGCGCAGAAACAGCAACAACUCGGAAUCGUCAAUGAGUACCGCCUCACAAAAAAGCAAAAAACAUCACCAACCUCGGCAGGAGGCCCUCGCCACUAUUAACACACCUCCGACCAAUCACGAACGGGUUGUUUACAACAGUCGACGCGAGUACUACUCGUACUUUGAAAACAUGGACGAGCCUGAUGAAAAUGAGGAACGCAGUCACAAUCAGUACUUAAGUGAAGCUAAAAGACUAAAACAUAUGGCUGAUAAAGAAACCGAUGCUACUGAACAAUGUAUGCUUUAUCUUGAAGCGGUACUGUUUUUCCUGUUGACUGGCAAUGCAAUGGAGCAAGAGGUGUUUUCUGAAAACACUGCUUUCACUAUGUACAAAGACACUUUGUCUUUGAUUAAAUAUAUUUCGUCUAAAUUCCGAAGCCAACCUGUUAUGUCUGAAGUACAUAGUAAAUUGGCUAUUUUAAGUUACCGGUGCCAAGCAUUACUCUACUACAAACUAUUCAAGAUGCGAAAAAACGAUUGCAGGGAAAUUCAAAAAGUUAUAAGUGAUUAUUGUAGCAAGAAUGCAGCCAUUCCAAUGGACCAACCAUGUCCGGCGGGGCAAGGUACCCCGUCCCCACUAUCUCCCACCCCGUCGCCAGCAGGUUCGGUUGGUUCGGUGGGUAGCCAAUCGUCGGGGUACUCGAGCGGAGAGUUACGAUCUGGGGCGGCUGUUGCGCAGGCUCCGGGACCAGCGGGUGGUACCUGGGUGCCCCUCUCCUUUUACAGUGCGGUACUAAAGCAAAACCAGCAUUUUACUUUUUUGCUGAGCUACCAGGAUUUGUGGGAGUUGGCCGAUCAGAUGGUGAUCAAUGGCAAGUUUGCAGAUUUCUUUAUUGAUAUGGACAGACAGUUCAAACCGCUAACGAUGCACAGUUCAUUAAAAGAGUUGGUGCGCUACGUGCUGGAGGGUAUCAGAAGACUUAAAGACAAACCUUCCUCUUCGGUGUAAAUAUUGCGUUCGCCCUCCUCCUAUAUAUUGACCAAAAAUGCCAAAGAUUGCACCAUCUUGAUACGAGAGUGAAUCGUCUUUCUUUUGUAAUAAAUCAAAAUAAAAUUUUUUGAAGUUGAGUGACUUAUACCUACUACUAUAGGUGCAGUGUACCUAAAAUUCCACGCACAUUUUUUGAGUGGUUGUUGUAUAUAAUAAUUGCAGAAGAUUUAUAUAUAUAUAUAUAUUUGCCAGCUGAGUAUAAUGUAAUUUAUUUUUUAGGGGAAUCAAUUAUUAAAUGAAUUAUUGAAAAAAACACAAAAGACCCGCGAGAAUUACUAAAAAUAAAGUAGUCAACUUGUUAUUUUUGCAUAAUAUUUUAUAUAUAUAUAUUAGGGAGAGUAAGUGUGCAUAUGUACCAUUAUUAUUUUUUUUUUUCAAUUUGUAUAUCUUGUAUAUUUUUAUUUAAUUUUAAAUUAUUUAUGUUUUCAAUUAUUAUUAUUAUUAUUAUUAUUAUUAAGGGCCUCAUACACUAGGUUCUUUCUUAUCGGUUUUUAUCAGUGUGUCUUGAUUUGUUGUAUGUGGGUCCAAACUGUCAAAAAAAUCGCAUAGUGCGAGACAGAACGUAGUGUGUUGGGCCCUUUAGUCCGUCAAUCUCGCCAACGUUUUUUUUUUAUUUUGAAAUUUUUUAGCCGCCAAUUGUUAGUAUAAUGUAUUUUGAAGGGUUGCUUGAUUAGAUUUUCUUUUUUUUAAUUUACAUUCCUAUUUUUAUGUUGGUCAGAUUGAGGUCACUAGACAACUAUUAUUGGUACCACCUCAAAGGACUCAUCUAUCGAUUGAUAUUUGUCUAGUGUUAAAAACAAUAAUUAUUUUGUUAAUUAUUAGUUAAAAUUUCGCUAUACAAUUUGUUAAAAUCUGACUAUUUAUUUUUACCAAUCAAAUUUUAGGGCCGGUUUCUCAAUAGCCAAUCACCCUUGGGUUAAACAUAAUUCCUGGAGGUGACUCGCUAUUAAAAAACCGGCCUUUAAUGUAUUAUUAUGUUUUAACAGUUUCUGGUACUCUUUUAUAAUAAUCGAUCUCACAUCAGCCCUGAUAGCGAAAUUUUUACCUUUAAUUUUUAGAGGGGAUGUUAUUUAAGAGCAUGGGUUACUUUUGUUACUUUAAUAAACUUAUUUUACAUU